AUGGAUGGUGAGAAAGAUAUUGCUGCUGAAGAAGCAGCAGGGGAGGUUGGCGUAGAAGUUGCAGCUGCACUGGGGACGGCGUGUCGACAACGGAUAAUCCGAAUGCACGGAACAUCGCAUAGAAUUGCACCUGUGAUGCCACGGGGAGCAGAGGCAUCAGCAUUAGCAGCUUGCAAUGCAGCGCCUGCGUUAGAGGGAGACACCGCUGGUGAUGUAGAAACGGCACGUGCAUCAGAGGCAGCUGCGCAUCAAGCAGGGAAGGAUGCACAGGAAUCGGAAGUCCGUUCUUUCUCCUCAUCAGCAGUUGCUGUUGAGGUUAAAUCACUUCAGAAGAAGCCCAUAAUGAAAAUUACAACCAGUGUUGAAGGAGCGUAUGGAGAAAGCUCUGUAUCUUCUUUAUUUAAGUUGUUUUCUCUGCUAAACAAGCACUUCGGGCUCAACGAACACUCUACCUUCCUCGACAUUGGCAGCGGGAGCGGAGUCCCUUCGUUGGCAGCGGCAGCUUUCGGCUGUACUUUCACACUUGGUUUGGAGUUGGAUUCGAACGUGUAUUCGAUUUCCGUCAUCAAUCAUUUGUCACUCGUUGAUCUCCUGCUGCUGCAGCAGUUGUACCUGGGGGUUCAGCUUAACUGGCAUCAUACGGAGGAGUUUAUCGAUGCUGCUCUGAGUGACUUAUGUCAGCCUAUUGCAGUCAGUGCCCCUGGAGCAACCCCACGGGCAACAGAUCAUGGACUCGUUCAAAGAGGGGGUCGCGGAGGAAUAGGAGCUUUGGGCGGCGCCUCUUUUGUUUCCGAGAACCGUGAAUACCCAGAUGCAUCUGCGUCGUCAACAGCGGCAGUUGCUUCUACUGUAGGUGCGGGCCACGCUGAGCGUCGUCUGUUGGAGACAACGUUCGGGUUUAACGCAGCUUUUUGCGUAUUUGAUUGCUCCCGUCUUUCUUCCCUCGAAGGCAUUUCUCACGUUUUCUCAUUUGACCUGGCGAUGCCUCCGUGGGUAGUGGCACACACUGUUCGGCUCUUCAACCAGAGCAAGACUACCUUUGUGUUUGUCUCCUUCCACGGGGACCUGAUCUCCAGUUUUGGGAUGCACGCCAUCCUUGCGACCCGACUAAGCAUGCGCAUGGGCACAAGUGCAGAAAGCCAUGUGGGUUUUAUCUACCAGAAGGUUCCGGAAACUGAGGCGCAACAGCGGCAUCAGCAGCAGCGGGAGUUAAGUAGCACUCAGCAACAUGCCGUGACACCUCUUGUUGCCGACUCGGCUAAUGCGGCAGGAGAGUGCAAUGGUGAAGACAGCAUGCAGAUGCAGAAGAAGCAGCUGCAGUGGCAGCUUGCGUUGCUACAGGGGAAAUUACAGGAACUUCAGGCGCAACAGCAGCAGCGGCGACGACACCCUAGUAAGCUUCAGAGGCAAAGGCAAGAAUUGCUGCGAGCAUUAGAGGCUACAAAGCAGGAGACUCUGCAAAUGCUGCAGCUGAUGCUGCAACACCAGCAGCAAGGGCUGCUGCUUCAGCAGCAACUGCAGCUAGUUGCGCUGCUACAGCAGCAGCACGGAGAAUGUAUGGUGACUGAAGCAAAGCUUGUUGAGGACGCAGCACGGCUGUUGGAGCACCAACAUCUUCAGGAACAUGAUGAGCUCGUGCAACAGCUCUCUUUACAAUAUUGGGCAGAGAAUAAGAGGCAGCAAACGUUGCUGAAGGAAGCAACUGCAGCAGUUGCAGUAGAACAGUUCUCCGCAGCUGGAGUAGGGAGGAGUUCUGCACUUGACAGCAAGGCACAGCAAGUCAGACGCGAGCUGCGAGACAAGCAAAGGCAGCUACAGAAUCUGGAGCUCUUGGAGUGGCGGGAGGAGCAAGAGACGAGGAGACUGGAGCUCCGUCAGCGACAGAGUGGACUGCUGCUGCACCAGAAAUCAGGACUGGAGAGCCGACGCUGUGAAGGCAGCAGAUGGUUGCUGGAAACUGCUCAGCAGCAUGCCAAAGAUGUACAGCAGAAGCAACGAUUGCAGUUGCUGCUGCUGAAGGGUAUUGCCAGCAGCCGUACCGACAGAAUCCUACAUUCGAUUGCUGCUGCUGGUCGGAUUCAGCAAAUGGCGCAGAUUUUCGUUGCAGCAGUCUCUAUGCUGCAGCAUCCCGUGUCUCGGCGGAAGGCAACUACACAGCAGCAGCAGCAGCACAAGAUGCCUUGCUGUUGCUCUGGGUGCUGCUAUCCGCUGUACCGUGGCUGUAGUGAGCAAACAGAAACAGCUGCUACCCGCGUGGAGCUGAUGAGUGCAGCUCACCCUCAGCAGCAGUUGCUGCUGCUUCGCCGCGUAUUUUCUGCUUUCCAGCUGGACCAGCUGUUAGAAAGGGGGUCAUUGAUGCAAGAGCCGCAGGAACAGGCCAUCGCAGCAGCCCGUACAGAGGCACUAUUGGUGCACUUCAGAGAUGUCAACAUGGUGGGGUUCGACAGACAGAGACACACUACAGGAGGAGGAGCAGCAUCAGGAAAAGAAAAUGCAGCCGUAAGGAUGCCAUAUCAGUGCUCCUGCAAGCAACAGAACCGGUGUGUUCAACUCAACAGCAGCAGCAACGGUGGCAGCAGCAGCUGUACUGUGUGCAUUGGUGGUGCGGCGGCUGCGUUGGCGGAUCUGUUGCCCUCGAUUCCCUAUUCCAGGGUUCAUGGGGUAGAACUGCAGUUUUGCCGCCACGGGCAGCAGCAGCUGCAGCGGAAGAGAUUAUCUCGCCCCAUUAGGCGGCAUGGACCAUCAGCAGAUUCAACGGCAGCUGCUUCGACAACAGCAAUAGUAACGAAGUUGCCUGCUGGGAGCGUUCCCACGCAGUACGACCACCGUGCAAGAAGUGGGGGACGAGUUGGUUGUGAUACCAUUAACAGUAUUGUGGUCGUUUUGCCCUGCCUCUCUCCUCUGUGCGCCACCUGCUGUUACGGUGAUUCGCUGCUGCUCCAGCUGCUGCGGUGCAGCUUCCCGCUGGCGGUGCAGCAGCAACUGCUGCAGCAGGAAGUGUUCAUGCAACAGCGAAUGCCCCUAAUAACCGUAAUCGAUAAACAGGAGCAGCAGCAGUUGGAGCAGCAGUGUAUGCAGGACUGGAAAGCAGCAAAAGCAGCAAACUUGGAGCCAUCAGGCGUACCAUUGGCAGGGGACCAAACCAUUUUCAGAGGGGGCAUGGUGGAGUGCCCUUUGGCGGAUGCAUUUGAUGCGCUACAGCUGCUGCAGCAGCAACUGCAGCAGGAGCAAUGUCAGCCCACUUGGAUGCAACACGGGCCUGGUUCAGAUGCUGUCUUUGAGAUGAAGUACUUGGAAGCAGCAUUUCGCAGUCACUUCGAUAAGUUUCUGGAGGUACAGCGGUACAGAGUGCACCUGAGGCGCCCACUGCUUUCAACGGAGCAUGCACGGGCACCCGGAGCAGCAGUACCACCAGUAGUAGGGCACUGCGAUGAGGAUGAUGAUGCAUCAUGCCAGAAAAGGACAAACUUCUCAGCCAUUGCGUCCUCUUCGUCCUGUAAACAGGGGUGUGCUACAGCCUCCUCCCAGCGACAGCUGAAAAGGCCGCGACGCUCACAGCUAAGUCCUGCAUUAAGCGAGACUUCCUGCAUAACAGGAGAUGAAGCACAACCAGCUGCAAGGGAGCAGCCAACCGCAGUAGCUGGCACUGACUUCUGCAGUGCGUGUUGCAGUGAAGUAGAAAACCCCGUCACCAUUUCAGAGGGUACUGAGCUAUCAGAAAUAGAGCUGGAACCUUAUGAGGAGCAACUGCUGCGCAUAUGCGCAGUUGCUGCUGCGAAGCCGUCCAGGUGUUCAUGCAAGCGGGCGCUGCAGCUGCUGCUGCAGCAGCGCCGGCUGUUGGAACGCCACCAUAGAGACGGCGACAAGAUUGAUUAUCUGUCAGUAGGGCCGCCCGCUCGGGACGACAGCAAAUGGGUGUCCAAAAUGACAUCUGGCCGUCAGCUGAAAUGCAGUGCAACGGUGUCAGCGCUCUCUGACUCGGAUUGCUGCAGCACCCACAGCAGCAAAUGCACGUGCACCAGCAACAGCAGUAGGGGAAUGGCUGGUCGACGUUUAGCGCUCAUAACUGUAGCGGGGGAGAAGCUGCAGCAAGUCAAAGGAUGUUUGGUGAAAAUGCAGACAGCGUUGAGACAGCAACUGCUCCUAAAGGUGCUGCAGAGGGACUUUCCCGGCCACCGUGUCACAACAGCAACAGCGGCUGCUGCUGCCAGUGAACGCGUGGAGAAGGGCGCACUUCCGGUGUAUAGCUGCAGUUGCAGCUGCGCUCCGCAUCUGCAUCUGGAGCAGCAGGAGGUACUUUUUCAAGGAGGCAAGGGCAGCUGCAUGUGGUGGAGACAGUAUUACUUGCUCCUUGGUGAGCUAGCUAUAUUGAAAGAAAAGGCCCUCUACAAGGCAAUCGACAUAUGCCUGCAGCCUCAGGAGCAGUCCGCCCCGCAGGAGCCUACGGAAGCUCAGAAGCAGCUGAAGCAGCAGCAACUGCAACAGCCUUUUGGGGGGCAAACCAAAGUAACGUCUGUUUCAGUUAGCAAAGCAUUAACACCGGACGGGGAGGGUCCAAGCAUCCUCAAAGGCAGCAGCAUGGGCUGUCGGUCGUCCGACCCACUUUUGCAGUCGCCAUUGGCCCCUCGGAAACGCAAAUCUCAGGGGGGAUUUUGA